UCCCUCCCUCCUCUACUCUGCCACUCCUUCCUCGCCCCUUCCCUCCCAUUCCCCGCAGACCCACACGCAAACCAAGCGACGACGCGGGCCAGGCCAUGAGCUAAGCAUUGAGCGAGUCGCCGCUCGCGUCCUCGACUUCGCCUGCUUGCUCGCGCUCGCGCCUCGCGGCCGUGCGUUGGUUAGGGUUUGGAUUUGUGGGUGGAGUCCGGGACUAGAUCCAGCCGGGGGUGACGGCGCGGAUGGCCGCCACCGCCGGGGUCGCCGAGGACGGUGGCAGCGGCGGUGGGGGUGGGGAGCGGAUGAAGCUUCUGUGCAGCCUCGGCGGCCGCAUCCUCCCGCGGCCCGGGGACGGGACGCUGCGAUACGCCGGCGGGGACACCCGGAUCGUGUCCGUGCCGCGCGGGGUGGCACUGCCCGACCUCCUCGCGCGGCUCGCGGAGGCGUACGGCGGCGCCGCGGGCCCGCACUUCGCGGUGAAGUACCAGCUUCCCGACGAGGGGCUCGACGCGCUCAUCUCGGUGUCCUCGCCGGAGGAUCUCGACAACAUGGUCGAGGAGUACGACAAGCUGAGCGUCGCCAGCCCGAAGCUGAGGGUGUUCAUCUUCCCCAUCUUGGAUGGGGCGGGCGGCAGCGGCGUCGGCGGGGAGGAGUUGGAGGGCGGGAGCUUUGACGCUGGGCUUCGGUAUCUGGAGGCCGUGAACGGCAUUGUGCGGAAGGACAGCAUCGCGAGCCUCUCGUCCACGCAGUACUCCGACGGGGGGCUGCCCCCUCCGGCGGCGUCAGGGGGCGGCGGCCCUGGUUCUCCGGCUGCUGUCUCCCCUACUUCCACUAGCUCCAAUGAUGCUGCGAGAUCGGGCUUCAGUGGGGCGGCACCCCCGCCGCUUGUUGAUGUCUUCAGCAAUACCGCUCCUGUUCCUGCACCUGUGAGGCCGCAGGAGAUUGCCUUUGAAGGGAGGGCUCCUCAGGCUAAUCCACAUCCACAUCCGCAUCCGGAGGCGGCUAGGUACCGGCAGCCACUGUCACAGCUGCCACCACUGCCUCCUGUGUUCAUGAACGAUUAUAGAGAUGCCAUGCAGGGUCCGAAUCAGCCACAAACAGGAAAUGGAACGAGAUUAGAUGACUGCAACCUGUGCUUGAAGGCAUUGCCUCACUCCCACUCUGAUCCGGUGAUGAAUGAGUAUGGCAAUGCUGCACCCGAGUCGGGGCCUGUGUUCAUGAGCUUGCGGCCUGAAGAUGUGGCAAGGAUUAUGAUGCCAGAGAGGGCGAUGCAGGCCCCGAUGGGGGCUUAUGGAUACACACAUAUGCAUCCAGUGCCGCAGGAGAGGGUGUAUGUGCCAAAGAUUGAAGGGGUUACAAACUCGGUGCUCAUUGAUCCAACUGGCUUGCAUCAACAUGUGUAUGUGCAGCAGCAGCAGCAACUGCCGCCACAGCAGUUGCCAUCAACAUAUGGAUUUAGCCAUAUCCCUGUGAUUCCUAACGAGAAGGAUAGAGUAGUUUCUCCAAGUUCCGCCCAUUCUGAUGUUGCAAGCUCUCAUCAACAAUUUAUGCAGCAGCCACAUCAGCAAUUGCCUUCAGUCCAUGGGAUGGCUCAGUAUCCAGUGAAGACAGUUAGUCCCAAUAAUCCACUUGCAGGUGAAGGUAGUUUAAGUGGCAAUGCAAGGCAUCGUGAGGAUGGGCAGGUGUAUCGCGAUAAUGCGCCUCCAGUGGCACCUGUGGCUGUGCCAACUUACAUGGCAAACGUGGAUAGGAUGAUGGAUUCGCUCCGGGUGAGCCCUAGCGAGGCUUCUGGCUCUACAGAACAAAGGAAGCACACAAUGUCUCCUGAUAAUGCUUUACACCAGAAUGCUAUACCAGAACACUCUCAGGGGCUCCCAGAUAAUACUAUGAGUGCCAGACCAGAUACUCGAGCAAAAGAGGUUAAUCUGAGCAACACUAACACUUUUUUUGAUGUCAAUGAACCAAAGGUACUGCUUCAAACUGAAUCGAUGCCACCGCCUUCUGUGGCCAACUCUUAUUUGCACAAUGUCCAGCAUGUUAAUAUGAGCCAUAUGCCACAUAUGAUGAGCAUUGGGGGACCCUAUUCUAGUUAUGUUGUCCCUACAGUCGGGCCUGGUGGAGUGCCACCAUCAGCUUAUGGCAUUGAUAUGGUCUAUGCAAAUGCCACUGUUAAUCCAAUGAGUGAGAGGAAGGAUGUUCUGCCUGAAGUUUAUCACAAGGAAGCUCCACAUGAAGUCAUUACUCCAAACGCAGCUCAGGUAACAACAGCAGCAUUGGCAAAUCAUGCCCCGAAUGUGGAUCAACUUCAAGAGUCUGAUUUACCAGGCCAACAGUUCAGCAACGAGGACCCUUGGAAAGUAGCUACAAAUGCACAUGCACUGCCACCAAGACCUAAGAGGGUGGCAAGCAGAGAGAACAUCAGCCCAAAGGAUCCCCGGCCAGAUUUGAAUAUUCCAGCUGAGGAUGUUGCCCUCCAGCAACAAUCAGACCACAAAGACGCCCAUGCAGAACAUGCUCGGUUUAUCAAAGGUGAUGACAUCAGUAAUCCAGACUUACUGGGUAUGGAGGAUGGGUUAGCUACAUCUAAAACUCACUCAUCUGAGCAUCAGCCUCCCUUACUGAAUGAAGGAGUUGGGGCUGUUGCUAAUAAAGUAGACAGUGAAGUUCACACCAAAGAGGCUGUCAAGAGCAGACCAGCAGAUUGGAUUUCAGGAUUUCCUGUUACAGAUGGACGUCUGCAGAUUAUAAAGAACAAUGACCUAGAAGAGCUCCAAGAACUUGGUUCUGGAACGUUCGGAACUGUAUAUCAUGGCAAAUGGAGAGGCACUGAUGUUGCAAUAAAAAGAAUCAAUGACAGAUGUUUUGCUGGGAAGCCAUCUGAGCAAGAUAAGAUGCGGUCCGACUUCUGGAAUGAAGCAUCUAAUCUUGCCGAUUUGCACCACCCAAAUGUUGUCGCUUUUUAUGGUGUUGUUCUAGAUGGACCUGGGGGAUCCAUUGCCACAGUUACAGAAUACAUGGUCAAUGGCUCACUGAGGACUGCUUUGCUGAAGAAUGCCAAGACCCUUGAUCGACGUAAGAGAUUAAUUAUUGCCAUGGAUACUGCUUUUGGAAUGGAGUACUUGCACAGCAAAAACAUCGUGCACUUUGACCUUAAAAGUGACAAUUUGCUUGUUAAUUUAAGGGACCCUCAGCGUCCAAUAUGCAAGGUUGGUGAUCUUGGGCUUUCAAAAGUGAAGUGUCAGACCCUCAUCUCCGGUGGUGUCAGGGGAACGCUUCCAUGGAUGGCCCCAGAACUUCUGAAUGGAAGUAGCAGUUUGGUAUCUGAAAAGGUUGAUGUGUUCUCUUUUGGGAUUGUUCUCUGGGAACUCCUAACAGGAGAAGAACCAUAUGCAGAUUUACAUUAUGGUGUUAUUAUAGGUGGCAUUGUGAGCAACACUCUACGGCCACCAGUGCCCGACUCAUGUGACCCGGAGUGGAGAUCACUGAUGGAGCAAUGCUGGUCAACAGAACCAUAUGAACGGCCAAGCUUUACAGAGAUUGCCAACAGACUGCGCUUCAUGGCGGCAUCCCAGAAGGUGCAACACUAAGGUCACCAACACGCAGAUACCAUACCGGGGCAGCACACUUCAAACUUGCAGGGUGUCCGUGGACCAGAUUGCUGCCACCAGACUGCAUAUUUAGGAAUCCAGAACAUCAAUAUAUGCCUUCAUUGCGUCCCUAGGAUCUGUCCAUACCCCUUUGUUGUUUCAUUUCUUGUAAUCAAAAGUUAUCAGCCAUGUGUCUACAAGUGUCGCAAUGGAUGUCGAUGCCUAUUCAUUCAUUUAUACCCUUUUGGUUUAGAGGUGCGUUCAAUAAGUACUAGUCUAGUGUCAGUUAUAGGGGAGUCCGAUAUUAUUAAUUUUUCCUUUUCUUUUUCACCCUUUUCUGGGUAAUAAUUGGGUUACUUAGAAGUCGUGGGUCCAUCGGUCGGUUGGUCUGAUUGUUGCUGGGUAAGUAUGGUUUGUUGGUAUAUUACAAGUUUGGGAACAGAGAGUGAGGUCCUUGCUUGUAACAAGACCUGCUUUGGUUUUGUGAUUGAGUUAUAGUGUUGUACUGAAAUCCCCCAGUGCCAUUGUAAAAGCUGAGCUAUUUGAUGCA